CCAGCCCUUGAGGACCCGGAGAAAGGAUGGCCCAGGCCCAACCUUUGGAGGAUACUGCCUUGGCUCUCUCUCACAAAUGCAACGGCCCGGGACGGUGUCGCCCUCCAGGAAGGCCCUUUGCAUCUCCCUCCUCCGGAGACACCGCGAAUUCCCGCCUCCCGGCGGAAAGCGGGAGAAGCGAGGGUUUUCUCCCCGCCCCUCCCCCAGUAGGGGCACACCCGCCCCCCUCAGCAGGCCUGGGCUUUGCGCUCCUCUCCCGAGAACCACCGUCCUCAGAUCUCCCCGGGGAGUGGGCCGUCCUCUUCCUGCCCCCACCCGCGAGACGCGGCAGAAAAGCCCGCGGCUAUCUUCCCGCCAGCAACAGCCUCCCGCCGAGCCGGUCGGGACAGAGGCGGCCCCCACUCCCACUGGGCAGGGACUGCAGACGGCGCUCCCCGACUCUCAGACGACCAGGGAGCUUCCCUUUUCCUCAGCGGGCUACUGCCGGGCGGGGAGGGGUCCAGGCCGAGCAAGCGGAGCGCCGAGCCCAGCUGAUGCAACCUGGCUGGACUCGCGUGACAGUUCCCGGUACGCGGCGGCGACGGUGACCCAGGAAGGGGCUCUGGUGCCGG